AUGAAAUACAAAAUCCCAAGACCCCUCAUGCUCACUCUUGCCCUCAUCUUGGCAAGCUUUGGCUACCUCUUCAUUGUUUUUCCCUUCCCUGGUUCCUUGUACUUUGCUUCAGUCAUCAUCGGGUUUACUCUCGGGCUUCAGCUCCCUUUGUGUGUGACAAUCAUUUCUAAGCUUUUCGGGUUGAAGCACUACGUGCUGCUGUUGAAUUUUAGCCAAUUGAUGAGCCCUCUUGCCUCUUAUAUAUUGAAUGUCAAGAUCACUGGUGCGCUCUAUGACAAAGAGGCAAUGAAGGAGCUUGCCAGGCUUGGUCUACAAAGGAUCAAGGGCCAGCCUCUAACAUGCAUUGGAACUCUAAGUGACAUAUACAAGAAGUUCAGAGACAAUGCAGAGGAAGUAGUCAAGGCUGAAGAGAAAUAA